CACAAGCAACAUGACAUUUAAAGAUUUCACAUCCAUUCUAGGCAAGGAUGACCUAAAGCAAAUCUGCAAAGAGCUAAAACUGAAGCAUGUUGAUAAUAAACACGAUGCUAUCGCUGCCCUUGCCAGAUUUAGCAAACGUUCCUCAAAUAUCAGCAACUUCCUUACUGGACAUACUAGUAAUAAUUCUAGCAGAGUUCUACAGAUGAUGAAUAAAAAAACUCCGCCACGCUACAAGCUCUCAGAUCUAGCAAGAUCUACCCUUUACAAACUGUACCUAAUUAUGUACUUGGGUAUUGACUUUAAUCUAAUACGAGAUAGGAAGCUAGAGUUCAUGCUUCUAUGUGAGAAAACUUUGAGAGAAACCUAUCCUGUGAACAAAGAUAUGGUACUGGAUAAUGCAAGUAUUGUUUUUAGAGACAAAGAUGAUUUUGAAAGAUAUUUCACAGCGCAUUUAAUGUAUGAAGACUUUUUGACUAGAGUUGAUGAGGUAGAGAGAUGUGAGAUUGUGAAACAAGUUAAAAGAUUAUUAGAGUGCAUAGACGAAGACGAAAUGGCAAGGUACAAAUCCAUCUCACCUUGGUUAAGGCGAUUCACACCGCCAAACGUCUACAUAAAAAUGCUAGAAGCAGGCAUACAAGACUUAAAGAAGAGUAAAUGCGAAGACAAUUACCAGUUUGCAUUGGACAUACUAAGUACACUGAUAUCGCAGAAUGAAUUUUGUGUACACAGGAAAGCUCAUUGGUAUGAUGAAAAGGCAUUGGUCUUGCACAGCAAUAUGUGUGUGUAUGAUCAGGCAGCAGAAGUGUUAAUAGAAGGUUUUCAAUCAGAUUUGUCAGAGGAAUCCAAAGAUAGUUUGCGUCCGCGAGCUCGUAAGUUGGCACACCAGAAAAACAUAACCAUCAGUGAACAUUUAAAGAAAAAACUAUUGGAAUACUCUAUAAAAGAAACUAUAUUGGAAAAUAAUUUAGAUGCACGACACAUUUACAAGCAACCCAUGGAUCGUACCAACAAACGUGGUAAGGUAAAGUUCGAGACGCGAACAGCCGAAGGGCGGACCGUCCUGGAGGCGGAGGAAUAUUGCAUCGCGCAUUACAUCAGUAGUGGAGAGUUCACACACGGAGAACACUGGGAAGGCAGGAUUGUGACAACUAUAUACUUCCUCCUAUUCUGGGAUAUUAUAUACUCAAAGCCACCAAACGCUCAAGGCGUUUUCAUCACGUACUACCAAAUGUAUCCACUGGACAUGUUUACCGAGAGUUUCUAUGAAAAUCGCAAGACGAGAAUAGACGAAUGGUUGGACGCUUUAGCGAAAGCCAGUACCGAUAAAGUGUUGAAGAUCAUGCAUGACACUUGGGAUAAUAGACCUAAAUGUGAAUUAUCAGGCAUCAACAGGAACAUAGCGUGGCUAGACAUUGCGAUGGUAGCAUCGUGUCUCGGCUCAAAGGCUGUAUCGGCCAUAUGCAGACGGCUGGCCGUUAACUACAAAUACGCACACAGCGGUUUCCCGGACUUGACGCUGUGGAAUGAAUUCACGAGAAAGAUAAAAUUCGUCGAAGUGAAAACAGACACGGACAAGCCUUCAAUGAAGCAGAUUCAAUGGAUGCAUUAUCUUCGCGAGCAUGGUAUCGACACUGAGUUCUGUUACCUAGGUGCUAAUACUAUGCGGCAACGAUGCCGCACUGUUAAGAAUCAACCGGAUGUGAAAAGUGAACAGUAACACUUGACCUUCUACAGGCUGUCCUUACACAGGGAACAUUUCAAUAGCUCGCCUCACACUAUCACCACUUAUUGCGUAAAGUCGCACUAUCUCAGUCAAUUCGACGUUAGAAUAAAUAUCCAUUUUGCAGGCGAGAGGCGCGUUCGCCGCCGGCGCAAUGUUCGGGCAAGCGGAAGUAGAAAUAAUUUACGUGUCUUCGCUAGGACAAGGUCGCGCGUGCAUUGUCUCUGCAAACAGUGCCGACCUGUGCUUUGUUUUUCGCCGCCGUGCCGACGCGCCUCUCGCCGUUGCGCCUGUCGGAGCAAUAAUAAUGGUGUGCAUAGAUUUCGAUAAGUAAUGUUGUUCACAAGUAGUAGUCGAUAAAAAAAAAGAAAAAAAAAUUUUUGUAAAGUUUAAGUUCAUUAGUUUAUUUUUUUUUUUUGGGUCAGAAU